AUGAAGCCGGUUCUGGAGGCCAGCGUCCCUGUGACGCUGGAAGACGUGUUCACGGGAUCCACGAAGCGCAUCCGCGUCAAGAGGCGGGGAACCGAUCCCCCACCGACUCCCGACGAUCCGCAGCGACUGCGCACAGGACGUCCCGGUGUGCGUCCUGCCGCGGUGCUGGUGCUGCCCAAGGGCCUACCUGCCGCACCUGUGAGGCUCGAGAUCCUCACGAAGUGCAUCUCUAUGGCUCCGGAGUUCGUGUACGCCGCUCUGUUGGACCUGGCUUCGUGCAUCAGGUGCAGCUGGCCUGCAACAGCUGCCACGGACGCGGCUGGCUCGCCCGCGGCAUCUGCCAGCCUUGUCAGGGUCUGGGGCAACGCGAGGAGACCCCCUUCGCAGGGGGAUGGGGACGAUUUUGUGCUGCUUGUUGUUGCUUGCCUGAUUGGUUCAUGCUCCAGGAGCACGAGGUGCGAGGAGCCAGUCCUCGAGGUUCGCAUACAACCGGGCCUCGAAGAUGGUUCCGUCGUUGCCUGCCAGACAGCGGACGGCAGGCCUCGCAGGGAUGUGGUCGGAGUCAUCAGAGUGAAGCCCCAUCCACACUUCAGCCGCCAGGGGGAGGACCUGCACAUCGCAGUGCAGAUUCCGUUGGCCGAUGCCCUCACUGGUGGAGCUGCUAGGCUGCAGCACUUGGAUGGUCGAGAGCUGCUGGUUUGCGGAUCCACAAAGGUGAUUAAGCCAGGCUCCUGCCAGCAGAUUCGUGGAGAAGGCAUGCCCAAGCCCGGAUCCUCGCAGCGGGGUGACCUCUACGUGCACUUCGAGGUGGCUUUUCCGGACACGUUGGAUUCUGCUGGUGCGAAGGAGCUCAUGGCUGCUUUGCAGCGCGCACAGCGCCAAGAGGGCCCAGAGGCAGGUGCAGCUUCGCCAUCGGCGCCUCGUGAGCAGUCCCGCCUGUAG